AGAGAGAGGGUUUAGGGAGGGUACAAAAUUUUUUUGGGUGUCCCCGGAAGAGGUAGCCGAGUAAUUGCAGGUGCGGAGGCCAUGGCGACCACCGCUAUGGAGAAGACAGCGGAAGAACUCCGCAAGGAGAUCGAGGAGCUCCAUCGCCAGCAACGGGAGAUAACGGAGCGAUUGAGGGAUCCCAGAGGAAUAAGGAGAGGUGGUCUCGCUGGCAUUGGCCCGCGAAACUUCGGUGCUAACGGAGGCCGUGGAUUCGGGCGAAACGGACCUCAGAGAGGGUUUGUCCGUCAGGGAGAAAGUAUCGACCCUGAAGAUCAGCCUGCCCCGAAGCGGCGUCUCUUGUCCGCCGUUGUGAAGGUGGAGGAUGGAGAAGUGGCAGAGGAGGGUAGAACGAAGGAGACGCAGGAGGAGGAACCUAAGAAGGAAGAUGUUCAGAUGGGCGGUCGGGAUGACGAGCAGAGAGAGAAUGCGCGACGUGGUUUUGGUGGAUUCAGAAGGGACGCGAAUCAGCGUGUACCAAGAGUGGGAAAUGACAUUCCGACGGGCGAGCCUGUCCCGAGGGUAUUGCCGAAGGAUGAAGAUCCAACUCUAGUAAAUAGGAACAAAAGAAUGCUUAACCGAUUGUUAGGGACAUUGACAAAAUUCCAGGAGGAAGAUAAGCAUUUAUCAUCUACAGAGGCAUACAUGCGCAGAUCAGAUUCAUUAAAAAGGGCUGAAGAAAGGGCUCGUGAGGAAAGUGAGAAACUACGUCAGCAAGAGCGUGAAGAGCUUGCUGAAAAGCGGAGGCGUGAUUUGACUCUUCGAGCUAGAGUUGCUGCAAAGGCUGAAGAGAAGAAGUUGGAAUUGGUGUUUCUUCGCUGGGCUGAGCACCAUAAUAAACUGUGCAAUUUUUUAAGAACGAAAGCAGAACCUCCAAUUUUUUACAUGCCAGCCAAACCAUUGGAAGAUGAUGCAGCCUUAACUGAGCAACGGAAAGAAAAGGAGCUUCUUGAGUGGAAGGCAAGACGAAGAGAGGAACUGACUGAAUAUCAGAAGCAAAUUACCGAAAACUAUCUUGCAAAUGUGGAAGCUGAGCUUGAAAGAUGGCAAAAUGCUAGGAAUGCAUGGAAGGCAAAUAAUAAAGCAAAUUUGCAGGAGACCAUGGAUCAAGAACUGGAGACACACAGACAAGCUCACGGACCUAAGACUUCUAAAAUCCCACGUGGUGAUGAUAAUGAAGAAGAUGUUGAAGACGAUGUUGGAGAAGAUGAUAUGAUGGAUGAUGUCCUUGUGGUUGACGAUAAUGGUAUUAGAAGGGUCGAUGAAGAAGUGGAAACAGAAGCUGGGAUGCACAGAUGACAUUACUGAAAGGUCUUUUUGCAUGAAGUUUGCCAUUUCAUGAGAAUCAGCAGCUCUUAGGGCCUGAGCUUUUUAUCUUUCAUUACCUAUCCGGGCACUUCACAAUCAGGUUAGCUCCGGAAAACCAUGGCAUUUGUAUUAGACCAUGCGAGUCUGUGUUGCCUGAGCUUUCUAUGGUAUUGAAUGGUGAGGCUUUGGUAGUCGAGGCUUAGUCUUGUCAUGGAAGUUCCACUUACGAAUGGUCUGGGUUGAGCUUGGAGCAUUUUGUGCCGAAAGGGUUGACCUGGUUUGCUGUGGUGGGGCUCUUAUGAGUAUCACUUCUUUUCUCAAACGAGUUUGAAGAGGAGCCCAAUCUUUGAAUUCUGUUGAAGGCAGCAGCAAAACCUUGAGUGUACUUUAUUAAAAUGUGCCACCUUAUAGCUUGAAUUUCUGCAAAGCGGUCGCGUGGGGUGUUUUGAAGUUUUAACCAUGACCGUGGCCCCUUAUGCUAACCACUUUGGCUUUGUCUGGGCUUGCUUAAGAUGAAGUACAUAGAUCAGGGUAGGCAAAAAUCGGUCUGUCGAUGCUUCGAAGUGGGCUGAUUAGUUCAUUUGAAAGGUAUGUAUUGAAUUGUGUUGCCACCUUGAAACAGAAAAACAGAAAUCGUGAUGCUGGGAAACAAAAUCAAUAGAGGUAACUCGCGACAAGGGUUCCCUGUUUCACUUUGGAUGGUGAGCUACCUUGUCAGCAUGUUGCUCAGUGGUCAAUUCAUCAUUAACAUUGGCAUCUCUUUCAUCCACAACACAGUGGCAUGAUACUAAGGGGAAAAAAAAUAAAAGGCAAUCAUUUUCA